GAACUCGAUCAUAACGUUUGAAAAAACUACACUGUGCAUUUUGUAUAAAAAAUUAAGUAUGAAACGUCGCGUGUAUGGAUAUCGAUUAAAUUAAUCGCAGCUUGAUUAAUCGAAAUCAUCGGUGUGGACGUUACGCGACGCAGCCUUGUCAUAUCGACGUAGUGCGAAAAUGGACCAAUCAACGAUAGAAUCGGGAACUGGAGCUACGCCGUUGCGAACGAUAUUCUUACGUCUAUCUGGCGAAUCUGACAGGGAUUUGUGUCUCGUUAUCAAAAUUUGCUAGUGUGCGUCAUGGUACUCGAGUGGUUUCGUGGGAGAUGUAUAUGUAUAAUGAUACACACGCAACUUUGCAACUAAUCGCGUCUGGUUUAGCAAAAUAUGAAUUCAGCGUGAUAUACGCGCGCGUAAUACGAUAAGCUUAAAGAUCAAGGUGCGAACCUACAGUCAGGAUGAACGUCGUCACUGCUUUGAAGUUCUAUAUAACCAGGAUGACAGAAGACAGCGGCCCUGGCAUGAAGGUUCUGCUGAUGGAUAAACAAACGACAAGUAUAGUCAGCCUGCUCUACAGUCAAUCUGAGAUACUGAUGAAAGAAGUGUACCUAUUCGAACGAAUAGACACCGCCGUGCAUAACGACACUUUAAAGCACUUGACAUGUAUAGUGUUCGUGAGGCCGACCAAGGAAAAUAUCGAUUUGCUUUGCAAAGAGCUCCGGUAUCCCAAAUAUGGAAUCUAUUAUAUUUAUUUCAGUAACAUUAUUGCCAAAGCAGACAUAAAACUUCUGGCAGAGAGUGAUGAGCGAGAGGUAGUCAGGGAGGUGCAUGAAUAUUACGCGGAUUACCUAGCUAUUAAUCCACACUUGUUUUCACUUGGAAUAAAUGCCUGCUCCGAAGGGUUGACUUGGGAUCCGGUGCACUUACACAGAACUGUUCAAGGAAUAACUUCCGUUUUACUAUCAUUAAAAAAAUGCCCAUAUAUUAGAUAUCAAAAUAGUUCGGACAUGGCGAAGAGAUUGGCAGAGAAGAUAAGAGAAGUACUCAGCAAAGAGUCGAAUUCUUUCGAAUUCAGGCAAGAAUCUAAUCCUCUCCUCUUGAUAGUUGAUAGGAGAGACGAUCCUGUCACACCAUUACUAAAUCAGUGGACAUACCAAGCAAUGGUGCACGAAUUACUAACGAUUAAUAAUAAUCGGGUUAAUUUGUCUCAUGUGAAAGGCAUUUCAAAAGAACUGAAAGAAGUUGUUCUGAGUGCGGAGCAUGAUGACUUUUAUGCAAAUAACUUGUAUUUAAACUUUGGGGAAAUAGGACAAACGAUAAAAGAAUUAAUGGAAGAGUUUCAAAAGAAAGCAAAGAAUCAUCAAAAAGUUGAGAGUAUAGCCGACAUGAAACACUUCGUAGAGACGUAUCCGCUUUUCAAAAAACUUUCUGGUACUGUAUCGAAGCACGUUACAGUAGUCGGAGAGCUUUCGUCUCUCGUGGAAAAGCACAAUUUAUUACAAGUAUCAGAAUUGGAACAAGAACUGAGUUGCCAAACCGAUCAUUCCUCGCAGCUGCAAAAGAUAAAAGCGCUUAUUGGCAAUCAAAAGAUACGAGAUGUGGAUACCGUUCGACUCGUGAUGCUUUAUGCACUGCAUUAUGAAAAACAUACAAGCAAUGAUAUAAACGGUUUAGUAGAGUUACUUAAGAAGAGAAAUGUUUCAGACAAAUAUAUCAAGCUUGUAUAUAAUAUAUUAGAAUAUAGCGGUGUUAACACAAGACAGAGUAAUUUAUUUGAUCGAGAAGCAGUUGCUAAAAUAACUAAAAAAUUAUUCAAAGGAUUAAGUGGAGUAGAUAACAUAUACACGCAGCAUUCUCCUUUAAUAAAUGAAACACUAGAGGACUUGAUAAAAGGAAAAUUAAGUACACAGGCAUUUCCAUAUCUCGGUAAUAUGAUAAUGUCACGAAGACCACAAGACAUAAUAAUAUUCAUGAUUGGAGGUGCAACUUACGAAGAAAGUUUGGCUGUUUAUAAUUUAAAUAAACAAAAUCCGGGACUAAAAAUUAUUUUAGGCGGUACCACUAUCCACAAUUUCAAAAGUUUCGCAGAGGAAGUGCAUCAUGCCACCAGCGGCAUCUUAAUGCGGUAUAAAAUCGGAAAAAAUUAAUGAUGUUGAUAUCGUCUUAUUCCAAAAUAUUUAUUUACUUUGUUAUAUAUUUUGCUAUUUAUACAUUUAUGUAUUAUCUCCCUCUCUUUCUCCCUGUGUAUACAAAUAUAGGACUAUUCCACCAAGAC